UAUACGUUGUUAAUAUUGAGAGAGAUAGAUGCUUAUCUUAAAAGUUUCAGCAGGACUUUCACUUUUGACUACGUAAAUAAAAAAGAAAAAACAUUUUUUCCUACUUCUCCGAGUCAGUAAGGGUCGAUCCAUCACAACCCGUUGACGCAGAACUCUCUCUCUCUACUUUCUGAUCGGAGAUGGCAGCUUAUUCCGCCGUAGUUUCCUUAGAGCAGCAGCUGAAGCUGCUCCUCGACUCCGACCAAUUUCCUCUCCAGGAUCAAAGGCCGCAGCUCCAGUCCUUCCACCAAACCAUCUCCUCCUUGCAAAAAUCCGUCGAAACAAUAUUCCCCACGCCCAAACACGACCGAGAAACCGCUGGCAUCCUCGAAACCCUCAUCCGAGACUCAAUCUACCAAGCUCAAGACGCCAUCGAAUCCUUCCUCUCCGCCAAAUCCCCAUCCUUCUCCUUCCCCCAAAUAACACAGCAUAUCGACCCCAUCGCAUCUCGAGCCCAGACGCUCGCCGAUUCAAUCAGGAAAGUGAAACUAUCCUUGCUCGACGGCGCCGAGGAAAUCCCGCCGCCGCCCAGAUCCGGCGUCGUCAGCCGCACUUUUCGCAUCGUGGGGCAGGAGACAGACAAGAAGCUCCUCUCCGACGCGCUCACCAGCGAAGAAGGCAAACUCCAAAUCCUCCCGGUCACCGGAAUGGCCGGCAUCGGUAAGACUACUCUAGCUCGAAGCACUUACGACGAUCCCAAGAUUAAGAAAAGCUUCCCCUUUCGCGCGUGGGUUACUGUAUCCCAAGACUAUCACGUUGGAGAUAUUUUAGCUAGAUUGCUCAAUUCAAUGGAGAGUAGGGGCCAGAAAGCAGGAGAGAGAGUGUACGAAGGCAACGAUGAUCAGCUCAAAAUUCAAAUGCAUCAAAGCCUGUACAAUAACAAAUAUCUUGUGGUCAUUGAUGAUAUGUGGGAUACUGAUACUUGGGAUAAAGUGAGGAAUGUGUUACCGGAUAACAAAAACGGUAGUAGAAUUAUUCUCACUACCAGAAUUCUAAGCGUUGCUAAAACUGUCAAAUCUUCUGAAUUUUGUCACGAGAUGCAGCCUCUCGAUGAAGAAAACAGCUGGAUUCUGCUAUGCGACAAGGCGUUUGAAGGGAAGCCGUGCCCUCCUCAUUUAGAGAAGACCGGAAGGGAGAUCGCAAAGAAUUGUGGCGGUCUCCCUCUCUCUCUAACCGUCAUCGGAGGUCUUCUUUCUCAAGAGAGGCAGACGGAGGAGUACUGGCAGACGAUUGAGGAGGACACGAACGCUGCAGCUGGAAAAGGCGAGGAGGCCUACUCGGAAAUACUAUCUUUGAGCUACAACCACUUGCCCGCUAAACUCAAGGGUUGCUUCCUUUAUCUGGGAGCAUUUCCUGAAGAUAGUGAUAUUCCACUCUCGAAACUAGCUAGACUGUGGGUUGCAGAGGGAUUUCUAGUCAUAACUCCGCGGCAGGGGAGGCUGGAGAAGGUCGCGGAGGAGCACUUGCUGGAUCUCACACAGAGGAAUCUCAUCACAGUGCGUAAGAUUAGUUCGGAUGGGACGAUCAAAACCUGUGGAUUGCACGACAGUCUGCGCGAUCUAGCUGUGCAGGAAUCGGGGAGGGAGAAGUUCUUUCACUCUAUAAGGAGGUAUGCGAAUGCUCAGGGAUUAGAGCAAGCUGCAAAGGCUCAGAGGCGCGUGUCUGUUCAUAAAAACAUCCUCAUUUGCUUGAAGGAUGUUUAUCGUGCCACGAAAUCGAUUUCAGAUGCAAGAACUCUGAUCUAUGCUGGCUCUCAUCAUCAUCAUCCAAUGCCCUUGUUUCUAACUUAUGAUCUGCUUAGGGUGUUGGAUGCCUAUACAGUUUACUUCAUCCGAUUCCCGCAGGAAUUGGCUCAUUUGAUUCAUUUGAGGUACCUGUCUUUGACAUAUAAUGGGAAGCUUGCAUCAUCAUUGUCCAAGCUCCAAAACCUUCAGGUCUUGAUUGUUCGUAGACAGCCAAGAAUCAUAUUCGUGGGGAAAUCGUUUUUGCCUGAUGAAUUCUGGGGUAUGCAGCAGUUAAGGCAUCUUGUAAUGACGGAAACGAAUUUGCCCAAAAUCCCUGAGAAUCUUCCCCUCUUUGCCAACCUUCAAUCGCUUACAGAUAUCAAUGCUGCUUCUUGCACCAGAGAGGUUCUUAAAAGCAUGCCUAAUUUGAAAAAAUUAGGUAUGUGGGUCGAAAAACCGGGUGUUGUAGGCCUUUAUCUGGACGAGCUGGAGGAGCUCGAAGUAUUCAAGUUCACUGUCUUGAAUCCCAGCCCCAGCAAACAGGUUGAAUUCGAUUCUGAUUUUUUCUUGCCAGAGACAUUGAGGAAGCUGAGUUUAAGUGGUUGCGGACUUCCUUGGGAAGCAAUGGGAGUUAUUGUGGAGCUGCCAAAUCUCGAAGUCUUGAAACUGCGAGAGCUCGCCUUCAAUGGCGAGGAAUGGUGCAUGGAGGACUGUGUGUUUGAGAAGCUCAAGUUCUUGAUGAUUGAAUACCUGAAUUUGAAGAGCUGGAUUGUUAAUGACUCCCACUUUCCUUGCCUAGAACAGCUGUAUAUGAGGCAUUGCUAUAAUUUGGAGGGAAUCCCUUUGGAGCUUGGAUAUAUAGGAGGCCUUAAGGUGAUGGAAUUGGUUGACUGCAGCCCUAAAGCAGUGGAAUCAGCAGAGGAAAUCAAGCAAGAACAGGAGGACUUCGACAAGGAGGGCUUUGAAGUUCGAAUCUAUUGUUCUUAUGAAAUAUGAAUACAUAUUACACUCUUCCUCCUCAGGUAUGCGUGUGCUGUUUUCGUGAUCUUAUCAAAUGUUCCAACUAUGUUCGAGUGAUGCUACUUUAUAUAUAUGCUUAUCGAACUCAGCUCAAAUAAGCGUGUAAUCUAGUUUACUUUGAUUUUGUCUAUCUACUUACAUUUCUGUCUUGUUUUACGGAAUGCCGAGAAACGAAGUGCGCAAUGAAUACUUAGCAUCCUUUCUUUUGUUUUGAUUUUGAAGCUGCGACUGAACAUUUUGAUUUCAUGGUUAUUUAAUUUUAAUUUGGUUUUGCCUUUA